CAUCAAAGAACAAGACGACUCUGCUCUACUCCAUCCUCCCCUCCCAAGAAUCCCCUCUGCCCAAGCUCAAGCAAGGAGAGGCGGCAGCGGCAGCCGGCGGGGAGCGGCAGCGCGCCACGCGCGCGAGGACCAGUAGCUAGCUCUAGCUAGCUCGAUCCUGCCCUCCUCGUCCUCGUCCCUUCCCCUGAUCGAGCUGUGCGUGUGGAAAAACCGCGCCUUUUUGUUGGGUGCUUCGUGGGAUCGCGCGCGAACCUAUGGGGUUCGAGGAGGCGGCCGCCGGGAUGGGCGGCGGGGUCCGGGCGCUGAUGCGGCGGAAGCAGGUGGACUCCGAGCGGGCGCGCGCCGCCGGCGGGCACCAGCUCCGCAAGGAGCUCUCCAUCACCCAGCUGGUUGCCAUCGGUGUUGGUUCGACGAUUGGUGCUGGUGUGUAUGUCCUUGUGGGAACUGUUGCCCGGGAGCAUUCUGGGCCAGCAUUGACACUUUCAUUUCUGAUAGCUGGAAUAGCAGCUGCACUUUCGGCGUUCUGUUAUGCGGAGCUUGCUAGUCGUUGCCCUUCUGCAGGAAGUGCCUACCAUUACUCAUACAUCUGCGUUGGGGAAGGAGUUGCAUGGUUGAUCGGUUGGGCUUUGAUACUGGAAUAUACAAUUGGUGGAUCAGCUGUUGCCCGUGGCAUAUCUCCCAAUCUUGCCUUAUUUUUUGGAGGACCGGAUAGUCUGCCAUGGAUUUUAGCACGCCAUGAGAUCCCAUGUCUUGAUGUUGUUGUUGAUCCUUGUGCUGCAUUCCUGGUUUUUUUUGUCACUGGUCUACUGUGCGUCGGGAUAAAAGAGAGCUCAUUCAUACAAGGAGUUGUGACAGUCCUGAAUUGCUUUGUGAUGCUAUUUGUUAUUAUAGCCGGUAGUUACAUUGGCUUCCAAACAGGAUGGGUCGGCUAUAAAGUCGCUGGCGGAUUUUUCCCAUAUGGGGUGAAUGGAAUGCUUGCUGGGUCAGCAACUGUUUUCUUUGCCUACAUAGGCUUCGAUUCAGUUGCUAGCACUGCUGAGGAGGUGAAAAAUCCACAGCGAGAUCUGCCAUUGGGAAUAGGAACAGCAUUGUCAAUUUGCUGUUCCUUGUACAUGUUGGUUUCCGUUGUUAUUGUCGGUCUGGUGCCAUACUUUGCUAUGGACCCAGAUACCCCUAUUUCGUCUGCCUUUGCAAAACAUGGAAUGCACUGGGCAAUGUAUCUUGUAACAACUGGUGCUGUUCUUGCUCUCUGUUCAACCUUGAUGGGAUCAAUACUACCACAGCCAAGAAUAUUGAUGGCCAUGGCACGAGAUGGCCUGUUACCAUCCUUCUUCUGUGAUGUCAACAAGAAGACACAAGUUCCUGUCAAGAGCACAAUUGUCACUGGCAUCUGCGCAGCUGCUCUGGCUUUCUUCAUGGAUGUCUCUCAACUGGCAGGAAUGGUCAGUGUAGGCACACUCCUCGCGUUCACUAUAGUUGCUGUAUCCAUUUUGAUUCUCAGGUAUGUUCCUCCAGAUGAGGUACCCCUGCCAUCUUCCCUGCAAGCAUCAUUCCGUUUGAGCCAAGAAAAUGAUGAGGAAAAGAUGGGGGGUCCUCUUGGAGAUGAGAAUCACGAACAGGGGGCAUCUGAAAUAGAUGAUGUGAUUGUAGUAGAAUCAAUUAAGGACCCCCUUAUCGAGAAGCAGCUAUAUGCAAGCAAGUUGAACGAAACAAAGCGGCGCAAGACCGCUGCUUGCAGCAUUGCAUCUGUCUGCGUAGGGGUUCUGGCCUUCACAUCCUCAGCUUCUGUGACAUUCUUGCCCUUCCUGGUGCAAUGCUUCAUCUGCGUCUUUGGUGGCCUGCUCCUCCUGGCUAGUCUGGGGAUGCUCUGCUGGAUUGACCAAGACGAUGGAAGGCACUCAUUUGGUCAUUCUGGAGGAUUCAUCUGCCCAUGUGUUCCAUUGCUGCCAGUGAUGUGUAUCCUCAUAAACACAUACUUGCUGAUAAAUCUGGGUGGUGGGACAUGGAUGCGAGUCGGGGUGUGGCUUGUGAUAGGGGUGCUCGUAUACAUUUUCUAUGGCCGCACCCACAGCUCAUUGACGGAUGUCGUGUAUGUCCCGGUGGCACAGGCGAACGAGAUUUACGGGUCUUCAUCAUCUUCAGGGUUUGUGGCUUAAGGAGGCAUGGAGGGGAGACAUUGUUUCAGCCCAUCCUUGAGCUAUUAUAUGUUCCAGAAUCCAUUUCACAGAACCACGACCCUACUGCGGAGGCCCUGCCACUGCAUAGUAGGCAUGGAUUUGAAGAAUUCAAUUCAAGUGUCAAUUUUUAAACUGUGCGUGUGUAAAUUGUAAUGUGCAGCUAUACGCCUGUGCCUUUGUAGGCAGAAUGUAAAUACUACAUAGAUUAUAGAUGGGACUAUUAAGGAAGACGAUUGGAAGAGGGGGAUUGCCCUAGAAAAUUUUAGCAUUUAGUUGAAAUUUGUACUAAGUUCUAAGGAUUUGGGUUAUAAUCCCAUCUCUCCAAAUAGGCUUGUAUAAAGUGUGUAAUGUGUUCAAAGCUUCGAACAUGUUUUAUACUACCGGAGUGGGUAUUACCAA